AUGGAGCUAAUGAAAUGUGUUUUAAAAUGCAGAGUCGACCCGUCGACAGGCCUACCACAGAUUUCCGAAGCGAACAUCUUGCGUGUGGCCAAGUACCUCUCGGAGGACAUUGGUUAUCGCACUGUUGGGACGAAGGAGCAUGCGCUUGGAGAUGCGUGGAUGCUGCAGCAGGCGGAAGACUUUAAAGAACACUGCGACGAGAUUGCUUUGACUACCGGACGUGAACUGGAAUGUGAAGUAUGGCGGCAAGUAGGGGACGGGAGCCAUCGGUUCGACAUGAUGGGCAAACGCCUGUACAAAACCUACGCCAACCUGAGCAACAUCAUCGUCCGCAUCUCGGACGGGACAAACGAGGGGAAGGAGCACGCUCUCCUCGUCAACGCGCAUCUGGACAGCACCCUGCCGAGCCCAGGCGCAGCAGACGACGCCAUCUCCGUCGGCGUGAUGCUCGACUGCAUGCGCGUGCUCGUUGACACACCAAAUUGGUCACCCAAGCACGCCGUAAUAUUCUUAUUCAACAACGCAGAAGAAUCCCUACAAGACGGCUCCCACCUCUACGCAACACAACACCCGACAGCCAAAACAGCGCGCGCAGUCAUCAACCUCGAAGCAGCCGGCACCACCGGGCGCGAGCUGCUCUUCCAAGCCACGUCCGAGGAGAUGAUCGACGCAUACAGCCACGUCCCCCGGCCCUACGGCACCGUCUUCGCCAACGACAUCUUCAGCUCCGGGAUCAUCCUCUCCGAUACCGACUUUAGGCAAUUCGAGGAGUAUAUGGAUAUUACCGGCUUGGAUAUGGCGAUUGUGGGGAACAGUUAUUUGUAUCAUAUGCGCAAGGACUUGGUGGAGAACAUCUCUCCAGGGGUAGCCCAACACAUGGGCGAGAACACCCUCGCAUUAAUCAAAUACCUCACCUCCUCCGACUCCUCGCCGCUCGCCAAACUCGCCAAUGGGUACUCCAAACCGCACACAGUCUACCUCGGCUACCUAGGCAGGAUAUUCAUCAAAUACUCGUUUACAGUUGCGAAGAUCCUCUACGCAUCGGUCUUCCUAGCCGCCCUAGCCUACGCGCGGAUGUCGUAUACGGAGCUCAACUCCCCUCCACCCCCUAUUUCUGCUUCUGCUUCUACUACUACUACUACUACCACACCGAAGAAACCCUCGAAACCCAAAUCAGCGUUAAAAUCCCCAAGCAAGAAAGAAUCAUUCUGGUCCGUCCAGUCCCAAGGGUUCAUCGCAGUCGGAACCGCAGUAGCCGCUACGAUCCUCUCUCCAAACCUCCUCGCCCUCCUAAUGAAGCACGUCCUAAACCGGGGGCUGAGCUGGUUCACGAGCCCGUUCGCUCCCCUUGCCUUAUACGGACCCGCCGCCCUCCUCGGCGCCCUAUCAUCGCAAUACCUCUCCAUCGACACCGUCUCCGAACACACGAUCUGGACGAGCCUCAUCCUCAUGCAGACUUUCCUCGCGCUUGUGAUCCAGCUGCUGAACGUUGGCUCGGCAGCGAUAUUUUUUAUCAACGCUGUACCGGUUUUCUUUGCCUUGUUGGUGGUUAACCCGUUGUUUAAGAGGGGAGGGAGGGAGAGAGGGGAGGUUUCGAUGGUGACGUAUGUUGUGGGAAGCGUGUUUCCGUUGUUGACGGGUUCGUUGUUGGCGAUUCCGACUUUGGAGGUUUUUGUGCCUUUGACAGGCCGCAUGGGCGCCGACGCCCCCUCCGACAACCUAAUCGCCACCCUCGUCGCCCUCCUCGGCGCCCCCGCCCUCCCGCUCCUCCUCCCCCUCUCCCACCGGUUCGGCAAAACCGCGUUAACGAGGGGUGUGUUGGUGUGCAGUAUACUGGUUGUGGCGAGUGUAGCUGUGUUUGUGAGGAGGGAGCCGUUUGAUGAGAUGCAUCAGAAGAGGUUGUUUGUUAUUCAUAUGGAGAAUCACCUCCACCUCGCAGCGGCAGACGGCGCCCCGGGCCUCCCAGAGCUCGUCUCGAGGAUCGUAGACGAGUUUGGGGUCUCUACCGCCUCCUCCUCCUCCACCAACCACAACACCACAACCGACCAAAACAACACCAGCCAAGCCAACGACAACGCCGUCCCAGCACCCUCGGCCAUCGCAGUCACGAUGAACGACCACAACUCGGACUGGGACUCUCUCUACCCUUUUAGCCAGUUCCUCACACCGUACAAGGUACCUUUGCCCGUUGCGAAGGAGUAUAAUAGUCCAUGGCUAGGAGGGAAGAAAGAGUUUAAGAUCUCAGCUGUGGAUGAUACCACCGAUUUUGUACAUGGAACGAGGAGUUUGAGUGUGAAGAUCGAGCAUCCUGGGUUGAUCUGGACUGCCAUCGCAUUCGACGCGCACGUCCUCUCCUGGUCGCUCGACCAAAACCCGCCCAACGAAUUCGCGCGGCACCACGUCAAGGAGGCUUCGUUCUACGGUACCGACGUGUACGAGUUGCAACUGACCAUCCGGUUGACGCCGCAGAACCCGGGUGGGAGGCUCAAGAUUAAUUUUAUGGGACUUAGGGAGGACGCGGUGUGGCCUGGGAAGAGGAGGGAGUGGGUGCUCCGGCGCAGGGCGUUGGAGGAGGAGGAGGCUGGUGGGCAAGGGGAAGAAGGGAAGAAGAAGGAUGGGUUGGGGAAUGAUAAUGCACCGAUGGAGCUUUUUGAGAGGAUGGAUCGGUGGUUGGAGGAGACGACGGGUGGGACGGUGGAUGCGCUGCUUAUGGGGUGUAUUGGAGGUGUGAUUGUUAUCUAG